UUAUUGAAGGAUUUUCGGCCGUCGGUACAACUAAAUUACCGAAGGCCUUGGAAAGCAUUACCGAAGGUGUGUGUUGAUUUAAUUUAGCGAGGGUGUUUGACCGUCGAUAAGUGGCCUGACUUAAGCAUUUGGAUGUAUUGGAGGAGUUUGUCUCUAAUUUCGUGACACUCAAAUUCGUAUUGGUGCCCCAAUUAGAAAUUUCCCUCUCGUCCUUUGCUUCCAUUCUCGCCCUCUCCCUUCGCGUUUAUCUCCCUCUCCCUUGGCGUUUAUCCGUACUGGCGGUCGUUGGCAUUGUGUGCCGAUAUCAUUGACAGCAAUACCUUAGUGGGUGGUUGGGGUUGUUUGUUUGGUUAGGGCUCUUCGAAACGUUGUCGUUGUUGGGGUUGGGGUGGUGGUUGGUGGUGUGCGAUUCAGGCUGUUGCGGCAGUAGGGGUGCUGAUUCGUGGUUGUUGGCGUGUGUAAGUCAUUGCGGUGAAGCCAAGGUUGGUUGUUGCGUUGAGAGCUCGCAAUCUUCCUUCGAUCAUUCUGGAGUGCGAGGGUUUUGUUUUCUUGUGCAUGCAGGAAGCAAUUAGAACAAGGAGCAAGAAAACAACAGAACCUCUUCUUGAAGGUCUAGACGAGAGUAGACGGAGGAGAAGAAUCCGAACAUCUAGAGAACUUUUCCCUCCUCCGGAAACUCUGUUGCAACCAUCACCACAAGGUUCUGACCAUAGCACAGAAAAUAUGGAGAACAAUAAUGUCAGAAGAACUCUUGCUGAUUAUACCAAUACAGUUGGACCUUAGCACUUUAACAGUAUAGCUAGACCUAGAGUCAAUGCAACUAACAUGGAGGUCAAACCAGCAUUGAUCCAACUGGUGAAAAGCAACCAAUUCAAUGGGUUAUCUCAUGAAAGCCCAUAUGAGCACCUCACUACCUUCAAUGAGAUUUGCAACACAGUCAAAAUUAAUGGGGUGCCAGACGAAGCUAUCAAACUUAGCUUGUUUCCUUUCUCAUUGGGAGGCAAUGCUAAGCUUUGGUUGAAAUCUUUCCCAGAAGAAAGUUUCAUAAAGUGGGAAGCAGUGGUAACAAAGUUCUUAAACAAGUACUUCCCACAAUCCAAGGUGACAAAAGGCAAGCAAGAGAUUUCUUCAUUUAAGCAGGGCAUGGAAGAAUCACUGGGGCAUGCAUGGGACAGGUAUAAAAGCUUGUUACGUAAAACUCCCACGCAUGGUUUUGAAGAUCAGGAAGUAGUCUUAACUUUCCUUGGAGGUCUUGGUUCACAAACCAAGAUGAUGCUGGACGCCUCAGCAGGAGGAAAUAUUAAAUGGAAAACUCUAGAGGAAGCAACAGAGAUUAUAGAAAACAUGGCUACUAGUGAUAAUGAGCUGCACAGUGAGAGAGGAGCUCCUAUGCAACAAAAAGAAGUUCUCCAAUUACAGACACAUGAUGCCCUGCUAGCUCAAAAUAAAAUUCUAACUCAACAGUUGGAGACUCUUACUAAAACUCUUGCACAAUUACCCAAAGAGUUGAAGACUGCUGCACAGGUACAAUCCCAGUUGUGCGAAUUGUGUGGAGGCGACUGAUACGACUGUUGCGGUCAUACAAAUUUGAUUGCAUAAAAGAAUGCAGUAUAGAUACUAGGAAGUGACUCCUAGGUCGUCUCUCAAGGAUCAAAUUGUGGUUCAAGUUUCGGAUCACACACGAAGUGGGGGGUUUGAAAUGGUUGUUUUUGCGAUGAAAAUUAAAUGCGACUGAAUUUUAAAAACGUUGAAAUAAAAACGAUGAAGUAAAACGCAGUACAGUAAAACAAAAUUAAAACGGUAAAAACGAAAUUGCUACAGUAAAAACAAAAUUGCAGUGAACAGUGAAUCAUUAAAAACAGCUGGAACAGAAAACUAAAAUACAGAAAAUGAAAAUACAGUAAACAAUAAAUACAGAAAACAGUAAAAACACUAAAAACACUAAAACAGUAAAUUUUAGAAAACAGUAAAAAAAA